AAGGAGUCGAUUAGUGAGCAUUACACUAACAAGCAUGGCUUCUGUACUAUUUCUCUUUUUCAACCUUUCCCUCUCAGUACUUGUUGUCUCUUAUGCUCUUUCCUCAUCAUCUGCUGCUUCUCAACAAUCCAAAUUCUGGUCUCAAAAUGUAGAUGGCAACAUGCCUAAGUCUAUUCUCUCUAAAUUAUCCCCGCUUUCUGAGAGCGAAACGGAGGUGUUCACUCCAUUAAUAUCCCAAAAAUAUUUCUCGUCAAAUCCCAAAUUCUGCACCACUGCUAAUUUGGUUUGCUCGGCUGUUGUCAACCCACCACCUCCCGGAGUUAAAAUAUAUAAUUUUGGUUUCACUGGAAAAGUUGACCCUUCGUCUUUCUUUAGACUUCUUGUCCUGAAGAAAGGGCAUAAAGUAACUAUGCCGUCUCAUCUAGAUAGUCAACUCCCUAACCGCUCUUUUCUUCCUCCUGAAAUAGCUAGAAACAUUCCUCUCAAUGCGAGCGAGUUACAGAGAAUAUUCCCCACCGCGUUCUCGAUUCCUUUGACGAAGGCCGCCAUGGACAAGAGUCUUGGCUAUUGCAAUGCUCCGGCAGUGAAGGGAGAGAGAGGUAGCUGUCUAAAGACCCUAGAGGACAUGAUUCAGUUUUCUCGAGAAAAUUUAGGCGGAAAACAUUUGGCCGCAUUGACAUCAGAUUACACAAAAGGCAUGGGAAAUCAAGUGGUCAUGAUUGGGAAUGUUAAGCCUUAUAAGACUAAUAAGAUUAUUGCAUGCCAUGAGAUAUUCUUCCCCUUUGCCACCUAUUACUGUUAUAAGUUGCCUUCUACAAGAAUCUAUGAUGUGGAUGUGGCUAACCCUAAGAAAAUGGGUACAAUGAACAAAUUCCUUGUAAUUUGUCACAUGGAUACCUCGGGUUGGACACCAAAACAUGUCGCCUUCAAGCUACUUAAGUUAUCUCCUGGAAAAGGAGAGGUGUGUCACUGGAUCACUCAAAUGGAUCUUAUUUGGAUUGGUUACGACUAAAAGCAUAAUAACUUAUAAAAUAAGUUAUUAUUAACUAAAUAAGACCCAAGAAGUCAAUCCAAUCCCUAAAGAAUUCUCCCUUUCCAAGUAUUUUGUAAUAUAUGUGAUUUGCUUGUGGUUAAUUAGUGUGUUCUCAAAUGUUUAUACCAUAUAAUGUGAAAAUGUAUAUGUAUUGCAAGUAAUUUAUAAGUUUGUUUACGGUUUCCAA